AUGGGAAACUACGUUUCUUGCACACUCUCAAACCCACAAGUGCUCAUGAACUCAUCAAAAUCCACAAAAGUGAUCCUGCCAACGGGAGAAAUCAAGAAAAUCCGGCAACCCACAAAAGCAGCGGAGCUCAUGUUGGAGGCACCAAACUUCUUCAUCGUUAACUGCAAGACUCUCAAAAUAGGUAGAAGGUUUUGUCCUCUCCAUGCAGAUGAUGAGCUUGGAAAGGCCAACGUGUAUGUCAUGUUUCCAAUGCAUAAAAAGAACUCUGUAGUCACUGCUGGUGACCUGGGUUCUUUAUUCGUCACUGCCAACUCGGUUUUGAAAAGAGCUUCUAAAGGGAACAUUAGGGUCUUGCCGGAAUCUACGAUGGAGAUUUCACAAGAUAUGGAAAGAAAUGAUGUUGAUGCAGCACCAAGGUUGAGUUUGGAGGGAAUUGAAGAGGUUUCUUCUCCUGAGUUUAUCCAUAGGAUGUCAAUGUCAAGGUCAAAGAAGCCAUUGUUGGAGACUAUAGAGGAAGAGCCCAUUCGUUCAAAGUGA